AAAUAUUCUAUUGUUGCUGCGAAGAAAAAUUUUUUCUUUUGAUUUCCCAAAGAAAAAGUGUGUGAUUUUUAAUUGCAUUUAAAUAGUGAGAAUUAUAAAGUGAUAUAUAUUUUUGUGAUAUUUUUUUUCAAAAAUGGCUUUUUCAUUAUUAAGGCGAUUUAGUUGCCGAUUAUAUUCUGCUAGUGAAUUUAAUUUAAAUCAUAUUCGAAAUAAGCAAACAUGGAACUUCAAUUUAAAAUGCGAAGGAAAAUAUUGUAAAAUUGAAUGGUAUAAUCAAAGAUCAAAAAUACCAGUAAAAUUCGAACAAAAACCGUUAGCAAUUAUGUAUGUAAAUAUGUUGUCGUUACGAGAAUAUGGAACAAAACGUGAUAGACCAGAGAAAAAAAUCGACUAUAAUUCCGAUAGUGAUUCAGACGAUGAAAGUCAUCACCAUCACCAUAAACGACACCACCACCAUCAUCAUAAAAGAGGUGAAUCUAGCUUUUGGCGACGAAAAAUGCGUACAAUUCAUCGAAUUUUGGAUGUAAAUAAAGAUGGUGUGAUUUCAUACGAUGAUUUUAAAUUAAUGGCUGAUCGUUUUGUUGAACUUGGCCAUCUGUCACCAGAAUGUGAAGUUGAAUUUUAUAAAACAAUUCAAGCAUUGUGGGAAGAACAAUGGGGUGAAAUAAAUCCUUAUAAUUUAGUUACUGUCGAACAAUAUUUAGAAGAUAUGUAUCAUGUGGUGAAUGAUGAAGAUAGGCGAAAUAGAGUUCAUUUGUUUUUGCCAUACUUGUUUAAGGCUGUGGAUAAAGAUCAAUCAGGAAAAAUUUCCGUUGAAGAAUUUAAAUUAUUUUUCCAAUGUUUAGGAUUAAGUCCCGAAUCAGCAGUUGCAACAUUUUCAAUAAUUGAUAAGAAUACUGAUGGUUUUCUAAGUCUUGAUGAAUUUGUUUUACUUGGUCGUGAAUUUUUAAUAAGUGAAGAUGAAACUAAAGUCAGUCAAAUGUUUUGGGGACCAUUAAUUGAAAAAUAAUAUUUUUUAUGAUCUCCAUUCCGUUAUUAUUAAAAAUAAACGAUUUUCCAA